UCUCGUGUCGUAUCACGUGAUGCCGGUCACGUGGCGCCCAACAUGGCGGCGCCCAUGGCGGCGGCGAGCGGCGGCUCCGUGACGCAGCGGCUGCUCCGGGGCGUUUCCCGCAGCCUCAGCAGCGGCCGAGCCGCGGUCGAAGAGCCCGAAGCCGCCGUGGUUAACGUCGUGUUCGUGGACCGGGAGGGGCGGGAGGUGCCGGUGAGAGGCAGAACCGGGGACAACGUGCUGCACCUGGCGCAGCGGCACGGGCUGGAGCUGGAGGGUGCCUGCGAGGCCUCCCUGGCCUGUUCCACCUGUCACGUUUACAUCAGCGAGCCCCACCUGAGCCGGCUCCCGGCGCCCGACGAGCGGGAGGAGGAUCUGCUGGACCAGGCGCCGCUGCUGCGGGAGAAUUCUCGCCUGGGCUGUCAGCUCAGCCUCAGCCCCGCCAUGGAGGGAGCGCGCAUCGAGCUGCCCCGGCUCACACGGAAUUUCUACGUGGAUGGGCACGUGCCAAAACCUCAUUGAUGUACCCCAAAAACCCCCCAAACCUCAUUGAUGUACCCCAAAAACCCCCAA